GGAUGAGAAGUACAAACGUGGUGGCGGUGCGGGCCAAGCUUUCCGUGGAGGUGGAGCAGAAGAAAAGGCUCGGGGCGUGGGGCAAGAGAGUGCUGGUCCUCGAUGGCGCCACGCUCUACGCCUACAAGCUCAAGGGCGAGGGCGGCAGCGUUGGCGGCUGGUCGGUGGGCGGAGCGGAGGUGCACGUGGGCAAGAGCAGCGACGAAGGGCGUCACCUGCUUGUCAUUUCACGCCCACCUGUGUACAAGCUCACCUUCUCCUUCACCACCACCUACGAACAGGCCAGGAUGAUACAGGCUCUCUCCUCCUCGGGCGCCACAGUGACGGGCCUGGACGCCAUCAUGCUGCUGAAGAACCUGAGGAAGAAGCAGGAGGAGGAGGAGGCGGAGGAAGAGAGGAAGGAGGUGGAGAAGAGGAGGAAGACGAUGGAGGAUGGACUCGUUGUUGAAACUCUUCCUAUUCCUGAUUAUUUCCAUUUCGGAGGAGGAGGAGGAGGAGGAGGAGGAGGAGGAGGACAAGAGGACGUAGUGGACAAAGGAGAACAGAUAAAUGAAAAACAAGAACAAAAAGUACCCAACAAGGAAGAGGAAAAAGAAACAGGAAAGGAAGAGAAGGAGGAGAAGCACGUGGAAGAAGAGAAAACGAAGGAGGAGGAGGAGGAGGAGGAGGAGGAGGAGGAGGAGGAAGAGAAGGAGAGUAACCAAGCCAUAUACACUGCAGUAAGUGACUCAUCUUUCCUCCGUCAAGACAAAAGGUUCACAGAAGACAAACAAAAGGAGGAGGAGGAGGAGGAAGAUCAAAAGAAGGACGACGAAGAGGAGGAGAGAAUGAAUCCAAGCAGCCAACACGCCCACGCCACACUUAACCCCACUACAGAGGCUUCAAGGGGCUCCAACACGCUGCCGAAGACACAGGAAGACACCACUAAUGAGAUAGAGGGGUUUGUUAAUCCACUACCUAAACCCCCUCGUGCAAGACCCCGAGAGGGAAGCCAUGCAGAAGACACGGACGCCCUGCCUUGUGUCACUGCCGCUAAGCUAGGCAGUGCUGACGGAGGGGCUGAAGGAGUGGUGCUGGUUAGAAGUGAGGAGGUGUCGGUGAGAGGGAGUGAGGUGCGACGCAGUUCCUCAGCCCGUGAUGGUGAUCGAGGCAGUGACGGUGAAUUGCUAGAGGUGACAAGGGAUCUCUUAACUACACAGGCCGUUGAGGAGGAAGAAGACAAAGAGGAAGGGAGUGAGGAGGAGGAGGAAGAGGAGGAAAUUAGUGGGUUUUAUUGUGUGAAUCCUGAAAGUGACGAGGAGGACCUGAAUAAAGGGGACAGUGAACCUGGUGGCAAGACAGGUCUCAGGGACAGCCAGACAGGACCAACAGACAGCAAAUUAGCCCCCAGUGAGGAGCAGAGGGGAGCCAGUGAUACCAGUACAGCGCCGAGUGACAACAAAACACCCACAAACACCAAAACACUUAAUAACAAAGCAGACACCAAAGACACACAAACACCUCAAAGUAACACCAAAACACCAACAGAUAACAACACUUCUAGCACCCAAGGGACUCCCAAUACAACAGACUCCAACACCCAAAUAGCCCCAAACAGCACCGCAAACACCACCCCACAACACAAACUUACACAGCAAAAGGAAGAUCUAAAUGACGGAAGCUACAGUGAACUAAUCAGCAAAAUGAGGCUUGAUCGGAGCUUUUCCCUCGACACCCAAUCUUUAGGGUCGGCGCCUCCCUCCCUACUGCCUAGCCCUAGUGAUGAGGUGGCCCUAGACACCCCUAGCUCCUCGUCCAGCCUCUCCCCGAUCCCCAGACACCCUAAGAGCCCUGAUAGUGGGUACAGUGAUGAUAAGGACGAUAAGAUUAAGGAAUUAUGGCAGGGGGAGGGACUCACUGAUAGCGAGGAACAGUUUGAAAGGCUGUAUAAAGAACUAAGUGGUGGCGUGGUGAAAGAAGAGAAAGAAACGAAAGAACAGGGACAGCUAGGGAAAAAACAUCAGGGACAGCAAGAGACAGCAACAGGAAGGGAAAAACCGGAGACUGUUUCGUCAGAGCAGCAACAGACGCCUGAAGAAAACGAGGUACUGGUAUCACUAAAAGGAAAUGAUGGCGGUAAAGAAACAAAGGAAUAUGCCGAAGUUAUCCCUCAAGUCUUUCACUCCUCCUCAGAAAACGGGCAGGAAUCACAGAAAACGGAGCAACAAACGCCUCAAGAAAAUUACAUACCCGAAAAACCACUGGAGGACAAACAUGACCAAAACAAACAGGUGAAGGAAAAUACCACAGUUACCCCUGAAAACCCAAAUUCUCCCUUCGAUAUACAAGAACCAGAGAAAAUGGAACUAAAAAGGACAAACUCAAUCAUCAAAAAAAGAGACAAGGACGCCAACCACACCAGCACGACAACGAAAAAAGUACAAUUUGACCCACACGUGAAGAGCAUUGAGCCUCCACCAGCCCUAGUGAAAGAAAACGUGACCAAAGGAGUGAGCCAAAGGGAAAAAACGAGUGUCCUUUCAACGCAGACUCAAAAAGAUUCCACGAGACUGAAAAAGGAUGUUCCCUCGAGGAAAACGGAAGAGGGGAAGGAGAAGAGGACCUCGUCGCCAGCAUCCCCGACGAGAAGGAAGCCACAGGUGAUGAUGCAAGACAGGAGGAAGAUUAUAAGUGAGGCGCUGACGAGGAAGAGAGGCGAGUUGUCUCCUGUCACCAAACCUGGGCAGAGAAGGACAGAAAAGGGGACAGACAAGAAGGAAAGGCCAGAAAAGGCAGAGAUAUCGAGGAAAACAGACAUAAAGACAGAUAAGGUAGAUAAUAAGAAGAGUGUAGAUAAGACGGAAGAUACGGGGAAAGCAGACAUCAAGAGGGUAAAAGGCACAGAGAACAAAGAAAGUAAUGAAAAGAAAGAGAACAAUGAGAAAACAGACAAGAAUAUAGAAAAAGGGGAAGAAAUACAAAUGCAAAUGGAGGAAGAGACGGAAAAACAAGGAAGGACAGAAGAGAAAACGGACGAAAACAAGACAAAGAAGAAGGAGGAGAAUGACAACACACAUAAACCAAGAGAAACAGAAAUAAACGAGAGAGAAAAGAAUGAAAACAUAAAGAAAGCAGAGACUAAAAGCAACAACACCGUGAAAGAAGAAAGUGAAAACAAGACGGAGGAAAUGAAAACAGAGACCACCACCACCACCACCACCACCACUACCACUGAAAACAACAACAACAACAACAACAACAACAACAACAACAACAACAAGCCCGCCUCAGCCUCCGCCCUCAAAAGACAGCCCACGGUUGAUCCACAAGCGCCUCUUAUCAUUAGCGGCCAGGUGGAGAUAGCAGGCAGCGUCAGUGGGAGACUAAGCGGCAGGAGAGUGGAGGUGAGGGACGGUCAUCUCCUUGCCUUCAUCUCCCGCGCCUCCACGCCCUCCUCCCGCCUGCCUCUCGCCGGCCUCUCUGUUAUUCCCGUGCUUGGAGGAGGAGGAGGAGGAGGAACGUCCGUCAUUUUAUCCCGUGCGUCGCGUUGCAUGAUGGUACUCAAGCUAAGUUCACGGGAGGAGAUGAUGCGAUGGAUCCACACGCUGUCUGACGAGGUACUGAAGAUCACCCCUGAAGAGCACCUGAAGGGCCUCACUCUGUACCCUUCACCUGAGGCACGCCGAGGAGAGAAGAAGGAACACAAGGAGGAAGAGGAGGAGGAGCAGGAAAAGGUACAGGAGGAAAGUGAGGAAACGGACAAACAAACUGAAGAAACUCGUGAAAAUAACCAGGAAAGGAGAGAAAACGUGAAUGGAAAGGAGACAAAAUUAGAUAGCGAAGAUGUAGAUGUGGUAAAGAAAACGGUCGAGGCAACAAAAAAUGCAAGUCACCCCUACUCGAGUACUCAAAGAAAACCAAAACCAUUUACAGAAAACGAACAUUUAAUGGGUAACCAAACUAAACCUCAAGGUAGUCGAGAAAACAUCAAAUCCUCUUCAUUCCUGGAAAACCUGAACAAAUUCAAAGAACAGCAGAGAAAAACGGAGAUAAGAGGAAAUAAAGACGAGAUAAAGAAGGAGAACACAAAGAGAACAGCGGAGAAGAUAACAGCGUUGAUCAAGAAAGUAGAAGAAGGGAGCGGGAGGAAAACGGAGACAAGUAAAAUUGGGACUGACAAAGAUAAGGUGGAGCAGAAACUUUCCCACCCACCACUACGACGCCUCUCUGGGCAGGGAAAGCAAGGGCAAGAACAAGGAAGGGACGAGGUUGAUAAUUACCUACUAGUCAACAUACUACCUGAAAAAGACACCACUACAAAAACAAUCACGACUACCACCACUACCACUACCACCACUACUGCUAAACCACAAACUAGUAUCGCCCCUAUUACAAAACCAACAAGUACCAAGAAGCCACACCACCACCAUCACCCCACUACCACCACCACCACCACCACCAGCCCAUCAUCACACCGCCACGCUAACUGCUUCCGCCCUAACGAGCCAUUAAGCAGUUUUAGCAGGUCUGUCAGUGGUAGUCACUCCUCCCUAACGCAAGAUGACAGGAGAACACACACAACGGGGCUCAGGAGAACGGAAAGUGACAUUCACCUGAACAAAUCAGCAGAGAGAACAAGUUUAACAAGACAAGGAGCUGUGAAGGUCAAAAACACAAGCAGUGGUAAGAGAACUAACAGUAACAGCAAUUUCUCAAGGAUUUUGGCUAUGAAGGACGUUGAGAUUGUCGAAAAGGAUACUAAACAGGAGGAUUCUGAAGGAAGUCCCUCAGUUCACCCAAUGAUUAGACAAGCUCCCCAUUCUCUCCCUCCAAUGGUACAGAAAACGGAGGGUAACGGACACAUGCCAUCGAUCACGUGGUCUGUGGCAGCGACGCGGGAGAAGUUUGAGUUGCUCUACUCAGUAACAGGCGAGAACAAGAGCGGAAAACUGACCACCAAGACCCCAAUCUCCCGCAGAAGGUCAGUGCGUGGCUCCCAGAAGAGACGGAGGACCCAGGAGAAUGCCAUGUCCCCGAGACGACAAGGCACCAUCAGACGCUCGUUCAUAAGCACUGACACGACUCAAGGCAGCCAAGAGGACGACCACGACCAGAAAUCAAUGUCACUACACCAGGAGACGAGCCAGAUGGCGGUGAAGGAAGCCAGAAAGGUAUUUGAGAACCACACCACCGCCACCACCACCACCACCACCACCACGGACACGGAAGAUGAUUACCCACAAAAGGAGAAACUCACAGCUAAGAAAUCACCCUUAAAAAGAACCCAGAAUGUGCUUUAUGAUUCUUCUGACACCGCCACCACCGCAGCCACGACCAUAAAGGAUCAUGAUGUUGUGAUCUGCUGGCGAGGACCCUAUAUGGCCCAGAGUGACAUUUACAAGACGGAGAGGAAAGCCGUAUUACCGGUUAUUAUGGAGGAGUCCGAACAAGCGGUACUUAACAACAUCAGCAAUGCGUUCUUAGCUAAGAGGCGGCUACUGACGAAGGAAGUUACCAUGGCGAGACUACAAGAGCGCCUAAGCCUACUGGAGGAGAGGCUGUGGGAGCUGCAGGCGAGGCUGGCGACGGAAGACCAGACGGUGGGAGGGGACAGGAGGAGCGUGGAGCGUGCCAUAAGAUCAGUGGAAGAGGAAGUGACCCAUCUGUACUCAAGACUGGCGGUGGUGACGAAGGAAGCAGAGCAGGCGAGAGAGAAAUUAGCGUCGGCCUUAGCAACGGGGCUCUCUCAGUGGUCUGAACACCCGUCAGCUUUGACCCCUCGUAGCAGCUUGACCCGGCGAGGCAGAGGAGACCGGAGGGGCGUGAAGAAGGAAAAGGAUGAGGAUGAGGGAGAGGAUGAGGGAGAGGAUAAAACGGAGGAAGAUGAGGAAGAGAGUUAGAGUAACUGAAAAAUGAUGGGAUUAAAAGAACAUGAAGGAGGAGGAAAAGAGAUUUUAUUUGAUGAAAAUGAGGAGCGGGGAGGAAAUCUGAUGACAAUAAGAGUAGGAAGGAGAUAGAUGAUAAAGAAGGGGAAGGGAAGGAAUAGAAAAAGGACGUGGUUUGAUCAUGAAAAUAUAAAAUAGAAGAAAUAUUUGAUAGCAGGAGAAGAAGAAAAGAAUGAAGGAAGAGGUUGAGAAAAGAGAAAGGAGGGAGUUAUCGUGAUGAAAAGGAAAAGGAAACAGGAGGAAGAAAAGAUGGAGUGUAAGGAAUAAGGUCAGAUCUGAUGAUAGGAAAAGCAGGAGGAGGAAAAGAGUAGUAGAAAGGAGAGAAAAAGUAUGAAAAUAAGUCUGAAAAAAUUUGAAAUUCAGAACGAGAGAAAAAUAAAGAAAACCUGAUGAUUUUUGUAAGCGGAAAUAAUACAGAAACAGCAUUAUGAAGUGAAGAAACUAGACAUUAAAAAAACGUAAAUAAAUACUAAUAAUCGAUUAAUGAGACAUUAGAAUCUGGAACUGUAACAUGAAAAAGAAGAAAAUGCACAUUAAUUUGCAAUUCCUAAUUUAUGAACCAUUAUAUAUAUGUAUGUAUGUAUGUAUGUAUAUCUAUGUAUGUAAAUCUAUAGUGUGUACAUGUAAAUAUAUAAACCAUACAUACUUUAUCAAUGUAAACACGUGUACCUAAACAUAUUCCUCAGUGUAUUAUGAGUGUAUGAUUGAACAAAUGUGUAAUUAUUGUUAAUGGAGAUGAUUAUAUUUGAUCAAUUGUU